AUGCGAAAAUCGCGAAUAUUUGUUCAUAAAAUAUUUUUUCUAAUAAUAUUCACAGUUUUUUUUAAUAGUUAUUGUAGAAACAUAUAUGAAAUACCGAUCUCUUUUUUACAAAUUUCUACAAGUUCAUAUAUAAAGGAAACUUUACAUGGUAGAGAAAAAAAUAAAUUAGGAGAAGAUGAUACAGAUUAUAGAAGGGAAGAUAGUGGAGUUAAUGAUGAUAGAAAAGUAUACAAAGAAACGAAGAACACAAAUGAGUUACAAUCUCCGCAAUUAGGUGGUGAUGUUCAUGAUAAAGGAAAUGAUAAUACUGAUAGUACUAAGGAAACAUUAGCUAAUAAUUAUAUAGAUAUUGAUAUUGAGAAAAGUGAUCCAUUUGCUAGUAGUUUAAUAGCUGAUUUAGAAGCUGUGGAUUUUUGUAGUGAUUUGUAUUUUGGUAUGAUAAAAAAAAUAAUUGGAAUUCUAAGGGGAUCUGAAAUAGUAACCCUUGCAAAAUUAGCAUUUCUUAGAUUUCAUAAAAGUGAAAAGUAUGAUCAAACAAAUGUAAAAUUAAAACAGUUACAAAAAUUAAUUAAACAAUAUACUUCAUUACUACAUAAAUGUAUAUAUAUUUUUGUAGAUGAUAGAAUUCAGAAUAUUACUAGUAAUAAGACGAAACCACAAGAGUGUAGUUUGGAGGAAUUUAAAGAAAAAUUGACUGAGUCUCAAUUACUUGAAGCUGAAAUUAGUAUAACUGAAAUAUCUAUACAUAGGGUACUUGUUCAUCGUAAUAAUAAAUUUUGUACUGGAUAUGAUUAUAAAAAGAAAAUGUUUUGUGAGCAGUGUAUUGAAUUAGAUAUUAGAGAGAAUAAGUCUAAAAGAAAGCUUGAUUCAUUAAAGGAAGAAUAUCAAAAAGUGGUAGAUUUUGUUUCAGCUUGUGAAAAUCACUUAUUUCAAGAGAAAAUGAAAAAGUCUGGUGGUUUGGAUAGUCUAUUUCGUUAUAAAAGUAGUUUAGGUUUUAAUUCUGGUUUAAAGCCUGAUAAAAAGUAUGAGGAGUCAAAUAAUGGGAGGGAUUUAGAUAAAACUGUACCUAGAAAAAGAAUACCAUAUCCUGGUGAGAAAGAAUCAAAAGAUUUUUAUACAUGUAUAUUAGCUAUUAAAGAUAAUAAACAAAUACAAAAAGCUUAUAAUUCAAAAUUUCUUAAUAAUAUGAAUACACAUUCACCUGGGAAUACUCCUGAGAAUUAUAGAAUAUACCAUUCUAAUUCUGAAGGUCAUAAACCUAACAGUAGUUCAUAUUAUAGUACUCAUAGUCCAAUUUAUCCUAAGAGGAUACCAUAUCCUGGUGAGCAAAGUUCAAAAUAUAGUUUUUCACACAGAACACCUCUUUCUAACUUCAAAUCAAAAUUUUUAAAAUCUAGUGGAGCUAUAAUUCCUAGAUCUAAAGAUAUUUUAGGUUAUACUCAAAGCCAGUUAGAUUAUAAAGAUAAAAAAAUCGAUACUCCAUAUACUAGUGUCGAUUCAAUUAAUGGCAGGGGUAUAGUAGAAUCUACUAAGGAUAUGAAGCCUAGUACAAGUAAAAUUUCAAAGUCUGACAGUUCAGUUUAUCAUGAAUCUAAGUCAGGUUUUGUUGAAAAAGAAUAUAAAGAUAAUAAAUUAGAUGUUCCUGAAAGUUCUGAUAGUUCUGACAGUUCUAGACAAAUUUCAAGUAAUUUUGAUAAAAUUAGUUUGUAUAGUGGAAUCAAACAUGCUGAUCAAAUAAAAACAGAUUUGUUUUAUAAAGGUUUUUUACAAUUUACUCCAGAACCUCCAAAAUAUAUUGCAAGAGAACCUCCAAAAUAUAGUCCAAAUGAACAUUUUAAUUCUAAAAAUGAAAACACUAAAGGUAAUUUAUAUUGUAUCAAAGAUAAUCCAAGUUGUAAAAAAGAUUUUCUAAUUGCUCAGCAGCGGCUUUCAAAAAUUAAUAUUCAGACUAAAAAAGUUCAUAGGGGUAAUCUUAAAGAACAUCACCCGAAUAAAAAUUCAAUAUCUACUAAAUCUUCUAUAGCAUGUUCUCUUAAACUUCACUCAGAUCCUAGAAAUAGAAUAUCUGAUACUGGUUCAGAAAAAGUGACUAGUUUAGAUUACAACACAAAACCGGAUCUUGGCAAUAAUUCAAACUAUAAUUUUAGAUAUGAAUUUCCAACCAAAUUAUCUGUUUCAAGUACUAGUAAAAUUCCAAAAUCUAGUAAUAAAAUAACAGCUUUUGAUAGUGAUAAUAGUUCUGAUGUGAAAGAUCCUACUCAAAUUCCAAAAGGAAUACUAAAGAAAAGUGAAGGUAAACCAAAACAUCACAAAAGUGUAAGGUUUAAAGAUAAGAAAAAUUUAGAAUAUUAA